CAGAGCAGAUAGAUAGCAAGCUUCGAAAGCUAGCUCCCUCGCGGCAGGCUCCACCAUCAGCCACGGCCGCGGCCGCGCAGCACAGCCCCCUCCUCCUAGAAGCAUCCUGAGGCACGUGCGGGCAGUGCACGGCAUGCAGGAGUUCCAGUCCAUCCCCGGCCUGGCCGGGCGGCUGUUCGGCGGCGCUGCGGAAUCGGCGGGCCUCCUCCGCCGCGGCGGGGCGGCGGCGGCGCAGGAGGAGGUGCGGUGCCCGCGGUGCGACUCGGCCAACACCAAGUUCUGCUACUACAACAACUACAACCUCUCGCAGCCGCGCCACUUCUGCAAGGGCUGCCGCCGGUACUGGACCAAGGGCGGCCUCCUCCGCAACGUCCCCGUCGGGGGCGGGUGCCGCAAGCCCAAGCGAAAAGCCGCCGCCGCCUCCUCCGACGUCGAGAAGGACGCCUCCAGCGCCAAUAGUGAGGCCAAGAACGCACGCUCUGGCUGCAGUGCUGGCAGCUCCAGCCUCACCUCCGCUGCCUCGUCCGCGUCGACGAACACCGUCAUCGACGCUGGUGCAUGUGCCUCGGCCCACUCGAGCGGCGGAAGCAUGCCGUUCACGGGCCUUGGCCCAAGCACCUUCAUGGCAGACGCGCCGCCUCUGCAGCCGCCGGCGCCGAUGUUCGCCGACCAAGCGGCCGCGUUCGCGUCGCUCUUCGGGACGCCGCUUCCGGCCUUCUCCUUCUCGGCGCAGCGCAAGGCCGAGGACGACGUGGCCCCUGCGGUCACACUCACAGAGCAGCCGUCGUCGGCGUCUUCCACCGCAGACCUGGCGCCGUUCUCCGCACGGUCAACUGGCGCGGUGACGGCAUCAGCGUCAGACUGGCCGCCGGCGACGGUGAUCGAAGCUGGGAUAUUCGACAUCGCCGGCGCCGUCGGGAGCGACACGACGUCGUACUGGAACACGGCGAGCUGGACGGACCCGGACGGGACGGUAUACCUGCCCUAGCGCGACGUGCGGUGACGAUCGUGCGCGCGGUCGCCCGCUCAGCCCCCUCGUGGCUUGCUCGAGCUUCGGUCGAAGCCUGGUCUAAUCGUAACCACCGCUGUCUUAAUCUAUACUACUACACCUUCUAAUCCUCUCAGUGUGCCGGCAGCUUGGCUGCUUCUGUGUUUCUUUCCAUGGGGCAGUUUCGCUAGCAAAUUAUGGCUGAACUUCAUUUUAAAAUUUUAUUGAUUACUACGGGUUUGUUGUAACCAGUGAGCUUUAGUAGCUGGUAGCUACAAUUAAUCAGUGUAAAUAUCAUGAUCAGUACUCCUGAU